AUCAGCCAGCAUGGCACUUAUCUCGCUAAUCGCGGUGGUCGUGGUGAUCGCCGUCAUAUCUUUCAUAAACUACGUCAACAACUCAAAGAAGGAUCAGUUACCGACAGGAGUACAGAGACUGCCAGGCCCUANNAAGCUCCAGGCUUCCCAAUUCUAGGCAGUGUACCAGACGUGCCAGAUAAGAACAGUUUUCUGAAGUUUCACGAAUGGGGGCAACAGUUUGGUCCAAUCUACCAAACCAACCUCGCUGGCCAGAACCAUGUUUGGAUCACGCGAGAUCGUGUUGCCCAAGAGUUACUUGGCAAACGUGCAGCCAACAACUCUGAGCGUCCAUUCAUCCCCUCCCUCCAAGCCGAUAAUCGCAGCGGCCAUUACCUUCCUCUGAUGUCCCGAAACGGAUCAAUCCGUCUGCUGACAUCUAUAANNGAGCUGUGGACAAGACAGAGAAAGUUCGCAAAGCAAAUCAUGGACAAAUCAUCAGCCAAUUCAUUUUACAACUACCCCGAGUUAGAGUCAAUCCGCCUUCUGUUCGAGCUCAUGACCGAUCCUUCUCGUUACAACCAUACCUUGGAGUCAUUCAUCUCAAGAGUCACUUGUAGACUAGGAUGGGGAACUGCAGCUCCCUCUGACGAACUCAAACAGCGAGCCAGAGAAUUGCUUAUAGGUGUAUCUCCAAAUGGCGCGCUUACAAAUAAACUCGGCUUCCUCAAGAAACUCCCCGAGGCUAUUGUACCAGCAAAAGCAUGGGAGUUUCGCAGAUACAGGACCGAAAGCCGCUUUUUCACUAUUCUGCAGAACGAGGUCAGAGAGAAGCUCAAAAGCAAGACCGCCCCAGAGUCCUGGAUGCGCUACUUCCUGGAGAACAAGGCUGCUACUGGAUUUGCGUCUGAUCUGGAAGGUGCCUACGCUGUAGGUAUGCACGGAAUCGCUGGUGCUCUCACCAUUGCCGCACCAAUGCAGAGUUUCUGUCUCGCCAUGUGUCACUAUCCUCAGUACCAGUUUGUCCUACAUGAGGAGAUAGACAAUGUCUGCGGUGGUAGAUUGCCAAAGCUUAGCGAUAUGCCUGAUAUGCCUGUACUACGAGCCUUCAUCAGGGAGACUAUGCGAUGGCGUCCUCCUGUGCCCACAGGCAUCCCACACGAGUCUGUCAAAGACGACAUUUACGAGGGCUACUUUAUUCCUGCCGGCUCUGUCAUGCAUCCACUCGAGUGGUCCAUUAGCCGUGAUCCAGAAGUCUUCCCUAGUCCCGAUGAGUUCAAUCCAAUGAGAUGGCUGGAAACAAAGUACCCAACAUAUCAGGAGCCACUAACCAAAUACCCGACCAUCACCCAGUACAGUCAAUUUGGUUAUGGUCGCCGUAUCUGUGCGGGCAUGGGGGUCGCUGAGGCAGACCUCUUUGUUGGCAUCGGCAGUCUUGCCUGGAUGUUCUCUUUGAGCGCGAGUGACACCAAUAACGAAAAUGCUGCAGAACUGCUAAAGGAGCCUGUUCCAUCACCGCUACCAGUCCACAAGGAAGACAAGAAACCAGCAUCGACGCCAUCAGGCAUGCAGACACCUCCCUCAGAAACCGAGAUUGAAGAACAACUCGAUGAACACUUCUCGGAAAAAAUGCUACCAACAGACACAUGCAGACUGUCCCGCCAGAAGACAGUCAAAAGGCCANAAAAGGCCGCCUUCUCGAGCGGUGGUCUCAGUCGAGCAAAGACCGUGACCUACAAGCUUCGUCUCCCAGGGUCGUCCCUUCCAGGUCAAUUCCCUGCUUUCUUUGAACAACACACAGGCCCUGAUACCCCGCCUUCGUCACCCAAAACGCGCACCGUAAUGGCAGGUACACCCGACAUGCCUGCUGUGGACAACAUGUUCAACUCUAUCGCCGACGAAAAGGCUUCGAAACCUGACCCCACGCUCGAGUACUCAAGUUUGCUGAUCGCCAAACCUCUGCCCUUCAAGUUUAACAUGAAGAUCAGGAACAAAAGAAAGGCUGAGCAUGUUGCUCGCGAGUGGAUGUUCUACAAGAUGAAUGGCGAGUUUGAGGACUCGAGGUGCUAUUGGGAAGGCGGCAAUGCUGGUAACAAGCAAUACGGAUGGGGUGAGGUGCACAAA